GCCUUGGUUUCGGUAAAACCUUGAUCGUGACGUAGGACAACAUGGCGUUGCUAGAGGGUUGUCUGGAUAUGGGAUUCUCAGUAAACUGUUGAUUUGUUUAUUUUGUCUUGGAAUGCUGUAGUUCAUAGGAAUUUGGUUCUGUUUAUACUUUCUUGGAUACAUUUUGGACAGAAUGCUGGCUUUUUACGUUAAUGUGCAAAUUCCCUGGAGUCAUUGUAAAGAAUGCGAGAGGAUCGCUCGAAAAUGUUGGCCGCUGGUAACAUUCUGUUCCACCAAGUUAUAGCACAGUAUAAACAUCGUGGGACCUCAUCUCUGUGUGUGACACAGGAGUUGCCACUGAAGUGUAGCCAUGGGGCAGUUCAGGUUUCACUGGCUGUGUCUGGCUCUUUUAUUGACACUGGGCAGUAUUUGGAGCGCUCCACUUCCGGAAACAGGUGCAGGGAAGUCAUCAAUUGAAGGUGUUUCUGCUUUUUUCAUCCUGCUUUCUGUUGGUAGUGUAAUUCUGUUGGUAGCCGUGAUUCUGACUUGUGUUUCCUGCUGUAAGGAGCCCAAAAUAAAUUUCAAGGAAUUUCAAGAUCAUUUUUGUGAAGAACCUGAUUUUAUACCUCCGGCAGAAGACACCCCAUCAUUUCAUUCACCAGCAGAGGUGUAUACACUGUCAAAUCCUAGCAGUUCUUAUGCAGAGACAUGUGCACCACCUCAACUUGCACGCCACAGUCUGAGCUACAUCCAAGAAAUUGGAAAUGGCUGGUUUGGAAAGGUUCUUCUGGGAGAAAUGUGCACAGAUAAUGGCCUGUCAAAAGUAACUGUAAAGGAGCUGAAGGCAGUUGCAACCACAGAAGAGCAGACAGAGUUUCUGAAAGAGGGAAAGCCAUACUGUGUUCUGCAACAUCCAAACAUCGUACAGUGCUUGGGGUGGUGUGUGGACUCUAUACCCUUUUUGCUGGUAUACGAAUGCUGUGAAAUGGGUGACCUGAAAACCUACCUGCGCUGUCGAGAGAGGCCAAUCCCUGGAAGUGCAUUUAUUGAUGUUCUACAGAGAAUGGCAUGUGAAAUUGCUGCUGGUAUUGCUCAUUUGCACAGACAUCAGUUUGUGCACAGUGACCUGGCAUUGCGGAACUGUUUCCUCUCUAAAGAUUUGGUUGUAAAACUUGGUGAUUAUGGAACUGGUGCCAGCAGAUACCAGGAGGAUUAUGUUAUAGAUGAGGACAUCUGUGUUCCUCUCCGGUGGACAGCACCUGAACUUGUGAUGGAUAAUCGAGGAAAAUUAGUAGUGGGAGAUGAAACAAAAUGCAGCAAUGUAUGGUCACUAGGUGUUACCCUCUGGGAGCUCACAGAGAACGGUGCCCAGCCAUAUAUUCACCUUUCUGAUAAAGAAGUGCUGAUCCAUGUCUUAACAGAGCAACAGGAAAAAUUAUCCAAACCCCUGCUGGAUCUGCCUUAUUCGGAUAGAUGGUAUGAAGUCAUGCAGUUCUGUUGGUUACCAUCAGAUAAGAGGGCUACAGCAGAAGAAAUACAUAGAUUGUUAACUUACCUGCGUGCACAGAGUCAGAGGCAGUACGAUGAUGAGUUUGAGCAACGCUGGAACAGCCUAAAGCCCAACACUGAUAGGCUGGCCAUAGUUCAAGACCCUGCAUUUCCAAUCCUAGAGCAGUUUACUGCUGAUCAGCCCAGCCAAGAAAUGGAUGACAUCCUUACAGUAACUGAAUCAAGCCGAGGGCUUAGCUUUGAGUACAUUUGGGAGGCUGCUAAACAAGAUCAUUUUGAUGAUCAACACCUUGAAAGUGGUGACAGGACCUUGAACUGCCAUAGUAUUUUUUUCCCUUCAGCAUCCAGUGAACAGUCUGCGCAGUUAAUAAGAGAUCAUCGUCCAGAAGCAUUACCUGGAGCACCAGGGGUUGUUCCUGUCUAUGAUUCACACAAACGUUUUGCUGAAAAUGAGCAUUACAUUCAGCUGGAAGAUCAGGGAGAGAGUAUUGUGGGUUAUGAGGAAGACUGUAGUUCUCUAGCCACCACACUACACCCACCUGAAAUACCUUUAGGCAAGAUUGUAGAGCACUUCAUUUUGAGAGACAGUGAUGUUGGUGAAUCUAGUACAGAUCUGGAUCUAAGUUAUGAAAAUAAAUCUGUGGUCUUGAACUGCUCUGAAGAUUCAGAGUAUUGUAAGGACCCCAUCAGUGCUUUCCAUGGUAACAUAUUUAGUGAUGCUCAAAAAGAGGACUCACCAUUGAACAGAAGUUUGUUUGAGCUUCAUGGAGUUUCAGAGUUCAUGAAGUCUGUCGAUGAAGGUUCAGAUUUGGAAACUCCUAUGGAGUCUUUAGUCAACAAUAAUUCUGAAUUGGAAUGUACAGUUGAUUCUUUCUACUCCUUUGCUAACCAACCAGUUCUAAAGUUUCUAUCUUCACAAAAACUGUCUGACAAUUAUUUGUUUCUUCAGGAAAAUAAUUUAUUAAAAGAGCCAUGUUCUAAUAAGGAAAGUAAUAUUGAAUCUAGUCCAGAGCAUGUAGAUGAUGCCUCAAAACUAUUUUUGGAUACAGGCUUUAAAAAAGACAUAGAAAGAUUAAAUGACAGUUCUUUCAUUAAAUUAACUAACAAUAAUCAUGAAUCUUGCAGUUUAUCACAUGGCUAUGGGCAAUGUCUCAUUCAGAAACAGGAAAACCAGACUGCCACAUCCUUAGUAGUUGAUUUAAAUAGUUCUCCUCAUUUGAUAAUGGGUAAUACAGAUCUGCCUUCAGUUGCAGUAGCAGAAGGUUUGUCAAACUCACAUCAGUAUAAGCCUUUUAAAAGACUUGAAGAGGGUAAUGCUGAAAACAAUGUUUUAGAUUUAGCAAGUGGUAAUUCAUUUACCUCUAGUAUGGUAAAAUACAAUGUUUCUUGCUGCCAAAAUACAACCUGUGUGCACUGCACAGAAAGCUGUGUUGCUGAAUUACUCAACACUGAUGCCAAAGAACGAAGCCUUAGUAAGGACUAUUUAUUUUUAGAAGAAGGUAGACUUGAAAAUGAAAGAAAUCUGGUGUCUAAUGAUCGAAAUGUUACUGGUGAUGUAAAUAGUUUUUCUAAAGAUGAAGGACUUAGGACAUUUGUACAGGAAACUCAUAAUUUUUCAAUCGUACUAGAUUCUGUACCAGAAAAAAAUGUCUCGAUAUUAGACAAAUCAUUUGGAACACUUAAUUUGUUAGGUAACUCUUCAUCUGGAACCUUUGAGUGUAAUGUAGCUGCUGAACUGAACUGCCAAGACAGCUCAUUACAGUCCAAGUUAGUUAGCCCUGUCAAACGUCCAGACACCGAUACUGAAACACAAAACACUGUAAGUAUACUAAACCUGCAUUCAUUGGCAGAAUCAUCAGAAGCACAGUUUUCUCAGAAACUUUUGCCACCUGAUAAACCUGCAGAUAGUGGCUAUGAAACCGAGAACCUUGAAUCUCCUGAGUGGACUUCCCAGCUUCCAGGUAGUAUGGUUUCAAACACGGUUAUUUCAUCAGCAGUAGGAGGUCAUGGUGAGCAAUGUUUUAGUCCUUUGCCACCAAAUCCAUUUAUUGUAAUAUCAGAAAGCAGCCCUAGACAAGAGUAUGAGAGAGAUGACUUCAGUUUACCUGACAAACCCUUAAAUUCUGCUCACAAUGCAUAUAGGGAUUCUGCUUACUUUUCUGAUAACGACUCUGAACUCGAUAAGAAGUCUGAUGAUAUCAUUGACACUGGUGGUCAUAUUGAGACGGUGCUUGUAAGUGAUGAAGAUCACGGUAGAGAACAGAUUAGUAAUCCUGAAGCUUUAAUUGGUUUUAAUGACUCUGUUUAUGAACCAAAAAAGAAACUGCAGUUGGAAGCACAGUUCUUUGAUGAAUUAGUUGGGGAUGCUUCAGAAGUGAAUAAGUCCUUUUCUGAACAAACAGAACUGGAUAGUAUGGACUUUCCUGAAAAUCCAUUUGGAAAUGUUCUACCAUACAUAACAUUACAUCAUCAAGGUAGCCAAAUAGCACUUAAUAAGAAUGAUACUGGAAACAGUAUAUUGCAGUAUCCCAAUGAAAGUUUUUCUGAUUUAAUUACUAAUCAGAAGUCUAUGGAAGGAACGUCUGAAUCCCUUAAGGCUUCAGACAUUUCUUUGACUUUUGAAACAAUUCUAGACAAGCCGUUAUCAUAUCAUUCUGAGGGUAUAAAGCUGAAAGAGCCUGAUGUUGAAGGAAGAUAUCUGGGCAAACUUGACAAGUCAGCAAUUACUGAUGUUGAAGAUGAAAUAGAUGCAGAUGAAGAAGAAUACAGUGAUGAUUCAGAUGAUGGUCAUGUCAAUGACUUUGACCAUUUCAGUUCAGACAGCGAUGACGGAACUGUGCAUUCACAUCCUGUUCCAGUUGUGGUUAUGGACAGUGAUGAUCAUAUUAAUUUAAAAAGUUUAUUGAAAAUUUAUAAAGGUAGAGCUCUACUUGGCACUGGGGAAGAAGAGCCUGAAAUAAAAAAAGCAGUUUCAUUCUUUGAUGAUGUAACUGUCUACCUCUUUGAUCAGGAGACACCAACCAAAGAACUGAGUAACCGUUCACCACAAGCAAAUAGUCAGGUUUCUGACUAUAGGAGUCCUGCCACAUCUUCAGGUCUUAGCUCUUUGCACAGAUUUACAAGUUCAGAUAGUUCAACAGAUGAUGAAGGUGGUGGACUUGAAUGGGAUGAUGACUUCUCAUGUCUUGAUACCACUUUAGUAUUCACUGCUGAAAGUCAUAGCUCUUCUAAAGGCUGUCCAGCGGAUUCAUCCAGAUACUCCUCCCUUGAUCCAGUUCCUCGAAUACCUGAGCCAAAGUGGUUGCAGUCUUCAUACUCAACAUUCUCUACAUCUCUCACCCAUCUUACUGACUCAGAUAUAGAACAAGGAGGAAGUGGCGAAGAUGGUGAAAAAGAUUAGUUGCAGUUUCCUCUCAACGUGUAUGGCAACAUUUCCACUGUACACCAAGAAGAAGCAAAUGGCAACAGCUUUCAGGAGUGGAUGUCAAGAUCUUCCAGAGCUUAAGUGUCUCAGUACAGCACUAGUUAAUGCAAACCAGGACUGCAAAACAAGACUGCCCUACCACCACUAUAAAUGGUCUUGCUUUAAGUUUUAUAACAAGUCGAGUUUCAGUUGGCCAAGUCAAAUCAACAAGUAAAGGUUGCCUUGCUUUAAAUGUCUUACGGUCUCAAGCAUAAUUAGCUGUCUGAGUUAUAUGUCAGUUAACAAUCUUCAUCGCCGCAUUAAAGUGGCAUGAAAAGCAUACUUUGAUCCAUAAAGACCAUACUGCUCCCCUGCACAGCCCUUUCAGGUUUUCUGUCUUUUGCUGUCUUCUUUAUUGAUAAUUAGAGCACAGAAUGCAGUAUUGUGACCCUUUACCUGGGAAAGGUGCAUGCAUUUAUUGAACUGUGAAUGCAAAUUUUGCUGUUUUGCGUAGUAUGUUGCAAAGCUCAUUGGCUGGUUUUGUAGUAAUUUACCUAAAGAUUUCAUUCAGAGCUGUGCCUUAACAAAAUAUAAGAAUUUAAAGGGCACUAAAGAGCAUGGCUCACAACUGUGUCUGAUUUUGCCAAGGAAGUGAAUAGCAGAGUGGGACACAGGUCAUCAUUACUACUUCACAGAGCUUGGUUCUGCGGGUUGGUUGUUAGCUGGGGUGUCUCUUCCUGUGGAGUUUGCUUGUCCUUUCUGUGUUCAUGGGGGAGAGUUGGCAGAUGAUCCAGUUUCCUCCCACAUUCCAAAGACAUGCUGUGGGAUGUAUUGUCAGUCCUUCAAUUUGGCCUGCAGAACAGUGAGUAGGUGUCCUGCACUGGACUGGCAUGUUGUACAGGUUUUUUUUUCUGUCCAUUGAGUGCCAAAAUGUAUGCAGUUCCCCCAUGGCCGUGAAUCAAAGGUAGGAAGUAUCAGAGAAUCAGUAAAUUAAUGGAGUUUUCCUUGUCUCACAUUAAAUGAGUCUGACAAGACACAUCAAGGAUUACAGGAAUUAAAUAAUGCAAUCACUGAUGUUGCACAUCUUAACAUUCAGAAAGUGCAUUAUGAGUACAAAUCUCAUUGUUUAAUUGUAUAGUGUCAGUAUUUAAAAAAUGCCUUGAUUUGGGAAGUUUGUCUCUGAUUAUAUGUGGCUUUGCUUAUGGUUGUUGAACUUACAAGGUUGAGAGCUGUGUCGCUUUGUCAGCCCUCAUUAAUGUAGCACUUUUAGUUGUAUUUUUUUGUGAAAAUUCACUGUCUCUAUCCUGUUAAUGUAAGUAAACCUGGAAGUAAUUUGUCCUUAAUACAGUGAAUUAAGUACAAAAAUGAGAAGAAGUGUUAAGAAGCACCUAGAAAUAGUUUUGCAAAUUAUGCAAACCCUCUUAUUAGAUGUUUACUUUCACAAAGUGUAAAACAGAAAACCUAAUGUCUACAUAACUGCGUACUAAAAUGCAACCAGCAGAGAGCUCCUAUUUGCCGCCAGUCAUUAGACAUGCAACAAACACUUCCUUUUAUGCUAAUAACAAAGUAUAGUACAGUAUAUUCUGUACUGGUAUUUGUAUCUGUCUCUUUGAAUUUCCUGUGAUAAGCAUCCGUAUAACAUCAAACAGGAGGGCAAAUCAUAAAACAUACUUCAGGUAGUAUUUACUGCUCAUGUGCAUAGCUACCCUACUUUAAUUUAGACUUGCAAAAAGCUGUCCUAAGUAAAUUACUUAAUUUUACUGCCAGGUUACUAAUCAGCACCAUGUCUGUAAUUGUACGAAUACUGAAAGCUGUGGCAUUGAAUUUAACAGUGCUUAACUAUCAAAUACUUUCUAACCAGGAAUAAUCUAGCAGCCAGCAAAAAUUAUGUUAUCACACUGGUUCAAGGCACUCUACUGCACCAAGUGGGGGGCUCUGACAUCAGCCUGUUCUAACUCCAAGAUUACACAAACUCUGUGUAAAGGAAUUAUUUGAUUUUGUUUGCCCCAAAGGUUGUAAUACCUUGGUGUAAGCAUAUGUAGGUGGUGUUGGUGAUGUGACAAAGCCACAGGGUUGCCCCCCCCCCCCCACACACACACACCGUACAGUAGCACAUUAUUGUGUGUGUUAAGCUAGGCUAUGCAUAUCCUGGUUAUUAUUUCAGUGUUUGUCCUUCUACAGUUUUAGUAGGAUAUGUUAAUUUACUUCUGAUUUGGUGGAACUGUAGCUGGUUUUAUGUAAUGUAACCAUCAUAGCCUCUUAUUGUACCAGAGAUAUGAUCAAUAUGAGACUUUUUUUAUGACAGCUGCACUGCAAAAUAGUGCAGUUCUUGUCACCUGCAACCCUAUUUGAAACUGUUGUUCAUGCCCAUUGUCCUGCUUGACUGGCCUCCAUUCAAUCACUGUAUGAUGCACCCCUAAUCACAGUGAGCUAAGAACAUUUGAAGGAGUGUGCUGAGUGUAUGUACUAUGUUUAACUCUUGAGUUUUAAAUGGGUUAUUUAGCUGAAUCCAAAGAAAAUGCUCUAUACAAGUUCCAGGGUGUCCUAACCUUUUACUCAGUACUAGCAGUUUUAGCAGAGACCACUAACAGAAUAUUCUGUGCCUCACCAGUGGCAUCCUGUCUCAUCAUGUUAUAACCAUGUCCCAGAUUGUACUGCAGUUUGUUUCCUGUGUAACACUUUCUUCAAGAAGUCCCCCAUCUCCGUGUAUACCCUAACUCAGGGUAGUAUUUUGUUGUAGUCAUUGCUCACAAGUGAAAUGCAUCUAGUAGCAGCUGGCUGCUGUGUCAGUGACAUAGCUAAUACUUUCUCAGAGCCAGUGGUAAAGUACUUAAGUUUGUCCUGCCCAAAUGUACUCAGGAAGUGGGAACUGUACUUCUUGCAUUCCAUUUCUGAAUCUUGAAUAUUUGAUUUAGAUGACAAAGAGAAGGUUGCUUCUAGCCUUGUUGUCUUAAAUCUGAGAUGGGUAAACACAAACUGAAUUAUCUACUUUCCAAAAGCAAACGUUUUCAAUUUUGCAUUGUACCCGGUGUAUUGCAGUGAUCAUCGAAUCUCUGCAUAGUGUUGUCUGUGCAUGCUGUUGCAGGAGGCACAGGAGCCACAGAAUGUGAUGUAUUAAAACAGUGGGCAUUUUGAAACAGUAUUAUUGUUCCCUUUCUCCAGCCUUAUAGUCUCUAUCAUUGUGUUACUAUAAGGUUAUUAGUUAAAUAGGGCUAUCCUUUACUGAUGAAUAUGUGGACAUGAGUAAUGCGCAUGCAGUGUUUUAGCAUUUCUUAGUUCAGAAAUGCCUAAGCUACUUAAAAAGUGCUAACAUGGCAGAGGUUUUCAAGAGAACUGAUAAGGAGCACCUUCUGCUAUUACUAAUAGCUCUGAGGCAGAACAGCAGUGCAGUUUCAGUGUUUUGGAGGGGAAUAGUAUUUACAGGGGAGAAAAAAAAUAUUUCCAGACUUGUAUGGCAUACUAGAACUACUGAAAUCACAGCUGUCAACCUCUUCACUUAAGAUCAGGGACAGAAUCCCUAAAGUGGGAAAGAUUUUUAAAUAUUUUCAUUAUUCGCUAAAUGAUAAUAAAAGGAGAUGUUUGCAGUUUAUUAAAAAUUAGAAGUAUGUAAAUAUAUUUAUGUGGACUUUUUUGGGAAUUGUAAUCCCUAACUGUUUUGACUCAAUUUUACAAAAUUUAAUGGAAGUAUAGCAAAAUUGCUAAUGUCCCUGAAAUCACAGACAGUUGAUGGGUAUGAAUUAGACAGUAUUUAUUGUUUAUAUACUUUUUCUUUCCUUUUACUUGCUGACCACCAAGCCUCCACUAAUACUAUGCCGAUUCAUUCCCCAUCGGUGGAGUGAAGACCAGUUGCAGUGGUUCCAUCAAGGCAGCUUUGAGAAUUUUUCCUUUUUCUAGCCUUAACCUUCACCUGGCAGCUGAUAUGCUUACAUAAACAUGCUGUGCCUUGUCGCCCCCUCUAAAUGCGUACAUUUCCACUCAUGCUCCAUGGAUGUAGGUUAACAGAGUGCAUAUUCUGGACCCAUACGCUGAAUGCUAUUCUCCUCUGUCUGCAAUGUAUAUUGACAUUGCAGAGUGCUGAGCCACUUCCAACACUUUCCCCAAGGGUGGGGUGAGCAGGCACCAGGCACUCCCUUCCACCCUCCCAUUUUGUGUACUCCAGCUGUCAAGUUACUAGUCAGUCCCCUGCCAUAUUGGUCACAGUUGGAGCUUAUAUCCCUGUAUGCCAUGGAGAGCCGACAGUGCAGUGUUGCAAUACAUCUGUGUUCCUAUAUUGUCCUACAGACAUUGGGUGAACUGUUAAAUGUGUGUUGGCUGUUUAGACAUGUAUUUUAUUAACAGUUCCUUUCCUCAAGCAUCUCUGAUUUGCAGUUAGUAAUUUACUGUAGGAAAUACUUCAGGUGUCCCUAAUGUGUGUUGUACUCAAAUUUUCAUUACGGAUCUUAACUGGAUGUAGAAUUUCUUAGCAUUGUUCAGUCAAUGCAGUAGUUUGGUUUUGUGCAAUAGAUGUUUUUAAGACAUGAUACCAGAAAAUGAAAAUUACUCUGGAUGAAAAGCAUAUUUGAUAACAUUGUUUUGUACAUUGCAUUAGAAAUCAUUUAAGAAAAGAAACUUAUUCAGGGCAAAUGACAAUACUUCGCUGGAAGAAAAUCAAUCACUGUUAACUUUAUUUUUAAAUACCGAAUCAGGACGUUUUAUGUUGGCAGAACGCAUAUGCAUUUGUCUUUCUGUGCACAGUUGGACUUCAGAUUUGAAACCUUUGUACCAUUAUGUCAUUUUGGAAUUCUCAAGUACUUGAAUUGUUCAUUUCUCCAGUUAUUUUUAUUGUAAUCAAAUUGCACUACAUUAAUAUUUCUGUAUUGUAUUAUAUAAAACAGCAAUUUCAACAGGUUGAUGACCUGAAUUUUCCAGA